AUGGGCCGCCGGUCGAGAUCUUCUCCCUCGCUCUCCAAUCCCACAGGAGCUCCUGGUCCUGCGAACUCUAACGUUCCAAAUACGCCUACGAACCUCGAGAUAUCUUCUCCCGCUGAGCCUGCUGGCUCGGCGACCUCUGCCGCCCGGCGGGCUCCCUCCCCCACCGCAUCUACCACCUCUUCUACGCGCCCAAGAUUUCUUUCGCGACUGAGCCUCCCUCUCUCACUCCCUUUGCGCAAUCGGAAUCGCAAUAUCACCGACUUUCAUAUUCGUGCUGAGGAACCACACCGUCGAUACAGUGCUGGCGACAAUGUCCGUGGUGCUGUCGUCAUAGUCGUCGUAAAACCUGUUCGCAUUACUCAUUUAACCGUUUCGCUACACGGAUAUGUCCGUGUCCUAAAGGAUCCGACUUCGGUCGCAAAGGCGCAAGGAAGCAUCGUGCUACCGCAGAAUGGGGACUCGGCGCGCCCACGAUAUCACGGCAAUGGUCUCGCAAGCCUUUUUCAAGAUGAGCAGGUAUUAAGCGGCGAGGGGAGGUUGGAACCUGGCAGAUAUGAGUUUGGGUUCGACCUACUGUUUCCUGACAAAGGGCUUCCAAGCAGUAUUGACUUCGAGCGAGGGACCGUUUCAUACAUGGUAACUGCUACGCUGACUCGGCCAACAUCGAUUGCCCCAACAUCAUCAUGCGAGCGAAAAGUUAUGAGAAAGUCCAUGGUGAUGGACAAAUCAGCUGCAGCUCCUUCCGACAUCAACGAAUUCAAUUCGGAGCAAGAUCCAUUAGAAACACCAACGGAAGACCUUCGUGAGCAGGUGACAAAUCCGAGAAGUCCAAUACAAAGCGAUAUGCGAAGCGAAAUCAGCGGCGAAAGUGGUGUCAGCAACAGCACAAGCUUGAGUAGGCCGGAAGCCGCGCUGUCCCAGGUCGGGACACUCACAUCGGCUAAGCAACAAGCAGUUGAUAAAAAGACGAUUACCGCGACAGUCGAGCUGCUGAAGGGCGGUUGCUUGCCGGGUGAUGCCGUCUCCGUGCGGGUCACGGUUCAACAUACUAAACGGGUGAAGAGUAUGACUGGUGUGAUUGUAACACUCCUCAGACAAGGCAAAAUCGACAGCAACCCACCGAGUGCUUUGUUUGACGAGAGUUUAAGCCGUGACGAUGUAGCUCGCAUUGAUAAGGAGGAUGUGUUUCCGCGAUCUCGUACCGGUUUGGGUGGUCUUUCGUUGACAUCUUCGAGUUCUACAAGCAUAUUCCGUAAGGAUCUUGACCAGAACAUAGCACCGCUAAUCAUCGACCCUAACACCAUGCAAACGUCGGUCACGGUGACCGUUAAGCUACCUGACGACUCCUUUCCGACAAUAAAAGGUGUACCUGGAGAGAUGAUCAGCUUCAAGUAUGUGGUUGAGGUAGUUGUUGACCUCGGCGGGAGACUGUCAAAUCAAAUGCAAACUGGCCCAACCAGAUUCGGACCUUACGGCCAUGGAAGUGCAGACAAUCAUACAUAUGGGCCAAGAAGAGGUGCCAAUAUUGCAGACACUUCUCAGAUGCGCCACGAAAAGGGCGUUAUCGCGGUGUCGAUGGAAACAGUCGUUGGCACAACUGAUUCAUCUCGCGGGAAGAAAAAGUCGAGAGCUUCGCCCACUUCACGAAGCGUACAGAUUCUUGAAAGCGAUGAAGAAGAGGUGAUGGGCCAAGAACCAAACUAUGCCGACGAUCCUCCCUUGGAGCCAUACUCGAACAGCACGCCACUCUCGCCUGGGGGUUAUUUUCCAUCCCAGGUCAAUGGGAGCCGACUUUCGACGAUCCCUUCUCAUCCCCCACAGCCAUAUUCUCAAGUGGUCCCGGUGCAACACCCGUCGCUCCGGCCUCGAGACGUUGCUGGGUCAAAUUCUGACGGCCCUGUUCCCUCUCCAGCCGCGCCUUCAUACAUCCCACCUCCUGAAAUACUUAACCAGAACAAUCUUUCUGAGAAGCAGAGGAUUAGGCAAGCAGAAACACGACUUCUACCAAGUCGACCGCUGGAAGCGGGCCCAUCGACAAGUCACGAUGGCGAAGAUAUAUACGAUGCAGACGAUACGUUCCGAGUUCCUGAGCUCGGUGGUGGCUUUGUUCCAAAUGAUCUCAACGCUCCAAGUGCCCCCGAUGCGGGACCUUCGGCCCCUCUAGAAGACGAUGUCGACUUGCCAACAGUGCUUCUCCCAGGGGUUGUUGAAGACAAACAGGAACUCGAACGUCAACGGCUUUUGAACGAAGCCAGUGCACCGCCAGACGUUCCGGAGGAUAUGCUACGACGAGCAGACGAAGGCCCACCGAGUGAGGUGGAAGCUGAUGCGGAAGCGAGCGCACCAAGCGCCCCAGUUGUGGACAAUUAUGAUGAUUUUCCAGGUUACGGAUCUAGUGCGGGACCUUCUGGGACUUCAAGGCAUGUCGACGGAGAGCAACUACCAGCCUACCAAAGAUAA